UUUACUUUAUAUAUAAAUUACGCACAUAUUCUUCCGUACUAGAUAAGCGCACUCAAUUAUUGUAACUGAUUGUAACUGUCAUUAAGAAAUAGCAAUGGAAACUACGUUUCAGAAGCAAUACAAGCAGCAGUCCUUUUUAUCAAGCGUGCCCUUAAACGCUGUCUUCUUCGACUUGGAUAAUACUCUUGUGGAGACCAGGAAGGCGGACAAUCAAACUUGUCGUAAGUUGGCUGAGGAAUUGAUGCGAGAAUACGAUAUCCCAGAAGAUGCGGCCGUCAAGAUAACAGCCGCUUAUCUGAAGCAAUUUAGAAAAUGUCCGGACAACGCAACACUCACGUUGGACACUUGGCGUACUAUUCUCUGGAAUAAAGCGCUCGGCGACAAAUAUUCACGUCUAGCGAAAAAAGUUUAUGAACGAUGGCUCUAUUUAAGAUACCAUUACAUGGCACUAACACCGAAUACGGUGUUCAUGCUACGUCAAUUGAGAAAGAAAUACGUGCUGGGCUUGAUCACUAAUGGCCCGUCAAACGCUCAGUGGGAAAAGAUACACAAGCUGUCGCUGGAACAGUACUUCGAUAUCAUUUUAGUAUCCGGCGAUCUGCCAUGGGAGAAGCCGGAAGCGGAAAUAUUCCACAAGGCUUGUCACUUGCUCAACGUGAGACCGAAGGAAUGCAUUAUGAUCGGCGACAAGUUGGAGACCGAUAUUUCGGGUGGAAUUGAAGCUGGACUAGGCGGGACCGUGUGGAUACCUACUGUGGAUAAACCUCGUCUCUUGGGUGAUGAUCCCAAGCCAGAUUUUAUAAUAAGACAUGCAACAGAAAUUAUGCGCAUAUUGGACAGAGGUCCAAAUGCACCGGAACUCGAAGACUGUUCAUCAAAUGCAUCUGACGGUAGUUAAUGAAAAGAUCUGCGUGAUACUAAU